AUGAAUUCAUAUUUAUUAAAGAAACAAGUUGGUUAUAAUUAUUAUUAUAUAAAAAAUAUAGUUUUUCAUAAGAAAUGUAAAAAUGUAAAACAAUUUAGCAAUGUACAAAUCCCCAAAAGGGUUGGAUUUAUGAAGCCCGCAUUUAAACUUAAUAGAAAGGCACAGAAAUAUAUAGUAGAUGUUCAAUGGAUGAAAAGUAACGACACAAAAAAUUUAGAAAAAUUAUGCAAUAAUAUAAAAAAAGAUGCUAAUUUAUUCAAUAGCUACGAACUUAUUGAUAUAGUAUACUAUUUAAGUAAAAUUACUAACAAAAAUGUCUAUUCAACUGUUGAGCCUUUAUUGUUUCAUUUUUUCCUGAAAUAUAACACUUCAGUUAAUUUGAAUGGUGUGUCAAUACAUAGACUAUUGAGAGUAUUAACAGAAUACCAAGACUUAGUUUAUAGAGAAUGGAUAUAUUCAAUCGCAAAAAUCAUUUCAAAAAAACACGCACAUAUAUCCAUGAGAGAUAUUCAACUUAUUUUAGAUGAUUUAGCUUUAUUUUACGAUUUCCAAAUACAUUGUCAAAUUAUUCCUUUUUAUAAUACAAUUAUUAAUAGAAUACAUGAACUUGAAAUUAAAAGGUUACCUUUCCUUAUACAUGUCAUUGGAAGAAUUGGAUGUAAUAAUAAAAACUUGUUAAACAUAUUAUAUACUACUUUAAAAAAAAAUAUAUCAAAAAAUGAUUUAUAUAGAUCCGAUUUUUCUGGUCUUAUGUUAAGAGGAUUAGCAAAUUUAAAAAUAUACCCAGAUAAAAAUAUAUUAUAUCAAUUAUAUAAACCAAUUAAAGAAAAUAUAAAUUAUACCAAUAUAAAAUAUUUAUCUUGGUGUGCAGAUGGAUUUUCACGUUUAAAUUAUUUUUAUCCUUUACCUUUACUAACCAAUCAAAUAAUAAAAAUGAAAGAUAAAAUUUCACAAUUAGAGCUUAAUGAUUUUACAUCAAUAUUAAAUUGCAUACAGGCCUACAUAUUAACAAAGCAAUGUAAUAUCCAUAAAAACUCCUUAAACAGGGCAGACGAAAUAUAUACGAAACAAAAAAAUAGUAAUAUAGAAGAAGGAAAUAAUAAUGGCACAAAAUUGACUCACCAACACCUUCCUUAUCAACCUAAUGAGAUUAUUAAUAAAGAUGAAUGUAAAAAAAUGAAUUCUAUUGAAAUUGAGACUACCGAUUUCGGAUCUGAAGAAUCAUUUUUACAUUCAAAUAAAUUGGAUAAUGCAAAUCCAAAGCCUAUAAGUGAAUCAUACCCAGAAUUUGGUAUGAAUGACAAUAUGAUAACUAUUGAAGAAUUGUAUAAUAUUUAUUUAAAAUUAGAAAAUAUUAUUUUAGAAAAAGUAAACGAAAGCAUAUAUAACAGUACACCUCCAUAUCGAGUCAUUAUGUUCGAAUUGUUAACUCGUUUAUUCAGGUUUUAUAAUAAACCUAUUGAUUUAAUUAUAAGCAUGAAUACCCAUAGAUAUGAUACCUCUUUAUUAUUAAAAUAUACAAAUAGCAUUUCACGUAUUAUAUCUGAUAAUAAUAACCGAACAAUGAGUGAUUCGAAUUUGUCCUUUUAUGUAAAUAAAUAUAAUUUUUCAAACGAUUUUUUUUUUGUCAAUACAUCAAAUUCCCAAAACUUGGUAAAGGAAGACGCAUUAAGUAUGGAAAACCAUGCAACUAAUGAACAUCAAAAUUUUCCCGUUAAUACAUAUGAAAAAAUAGAAAAAUCAAAACAAGCAAUUGCGCAUAGAACCGAAAUCGAUGAAAAUAUCAAUAUUAAUGAAAAUAGUAAUAAUAAUCAUCACGAUGUGAAAUCCGCACACCCUGGUAAAGAAUUCAGCACUAAUUUAAAUAUAAAUAUCCCACUCCCUAAAAUUUUAAAAAAUUUUUUAUAUUCCAUAUAUUUUAGAACACCAGCAUUAGGGGGGAGAACAAUUAUGCUACUGCUAAUCGCAUUAGUCCGAUUAAAUUUUGGAGAACGUGAAAAAUUCGAAUACUUAAAUAAAGUUAAUUCUAAUAUAUUACCUUUUUCUAAAGCCAAUGAAAUAUAUAGACCAUUAACAAAUUGCCUUAUUCGUGAAAUAAUUCGAAAACUCGAGACAUUUAACUCAGAAGAAUUAAUAAUUUGUGCAAUAUGUUUAAAUGAAUUAGACGCUUUAAAUUUAAAUAAUGAAUUACCUUCAUUAUUAAUUGAUAGAUUGUUUAAUUUAAAUAAAAAUAAUUAUAUGAGUAAGGAUCAAUUUGCACAACUAAAAAUCCUUUUACAAUUUCUAUAUUUUCAUAAAAGAAAUUUUAUAAUCAAAAACUUGCGCUUCAAUUCCAUAAAACAGUUUAAAUCGUUUUUACACCCUUAG